UUCCUCCCAUCCAGCACAGCCGAGCGCUGCGGAGACAAAAGGACGCAGAGCGGGGGGGUCGGAGGAUGCUGAGCGCCGCAUCCCGGGACCGACGGCUCCGCGGAGGCUCCUCUCAGGACGGCGGGAAUGCGCACUGUCCACCGGCACUGCGGGCUGACUGGGCGGCCCCACUGCGUCCGUGUGGGGGGCAUCUGAAGGCGGCUCCUCGCCGUUCCCCACGUUCCCCGUCUGCUCCGUCCACCUGAAGCUGCGGCCAACAUGAGCUCGUCUCCGCUGGUUUCCAGAGCCAACAUGGACAUCCUGGACGAGCUGCAGCUGAUUGCUGCCCAGAACCUGGAGCGGCUGGAAGUGAACAAGUACUACGAGGUGAUCAGAGAGCUGGGGAAGGGCACGUAUGGAAAAGUGGACCUGGUCAUCCAUAGGAUGAGAGGCACCAAAAUGGCUCUGAAGUUUCUAAAGAAGAAGACGACCAAGUUAAAGUCUUUUCUGCGGGAGUACAGCAUCUCGCUCUACAUGUCGCCCUGCCCCUUCAUCAUAAACAUGUUUGGCAUCGCCUUCGAGACCGACGAGUACUACGUGUUUGCACAGGAGUACGCGCUGGCAGGAGACCUCUUUGACAUCAUCCCACCUCAGGUGGGUCUACCUGAGGCCAUAGCAAAGCGCUGCGUUCACCAGGUCGCCAUCGCUCUGGAUUACCUUCACUGCAGGAAGCUGGUCCACCGGGACAUCAAGCCGGAGAACGUCCUCAUUUUUGACAGAGAGUGCCGAAAAGUCAAGCUGUCGGAUUUUGGAAUGACCCGCCGCGCCGGCUCGCCCGUGAAGAGAGUGAGUGGCACCAUCCCCUACACGGCCCCCGAGCUGUGCGAUGUUUCCCGCCACGAGGGCUUCUGUGUGGACUACAGCACGGAUGUGUGGGCCUUCGGGGUGCUGCUGUUCUGUAUGCUGACCGGCAACUUCCCGUGGGAGAAGGCCAUGCCGGCGGACUCCUUCUACCAGGAGUUCAUCCGCUGGCAGAGAAGAAGGACCGGCGCCGUGCCGUCGCAGUGGCGGCGCUUCACCGAGCAGGCGCUGCGCAUGUUCCGCCGCCUGCUCUCGGUGGAGCAGGACCGCCGCUGCUCCGUCAAAGAGGUCUUCAGCUACUUCAGCCACUCCUGGAUGCUGGACGCAGAGACUGACAACAACAACGGCAGCACCGGGAGUGGGGGAGGAGACGGAGGGGAGAAGAUUGACAGAGGGAGCGGAGAACAACAAGGGGAGGUGGAAGGAACCAGCUCGGCAUCUUCAUCGGGGGAGGAAGACGAGGAGCUGCUGGUUGAAAGGAUGAAGCAGCAGACUCUGGCGUCCAGUUCUCCCACGGCGGCGGAGCGGGGAAGCAGCGGCGCCGCCAAAGGAGGGAUGAAGGAGUCCGGCCACCACUUUGUGUCCGUUUCCACCACCAGCUCGGUGUCGUCCACCAACAGUUACGACCGCAUCCCGCGGGAAACUGGCUCCCCGGGGGGGCGGAUGCUGGUGGCCACGCCCAUUGAAAUAUGCGUCUGAGGCACUGGAACAGCGCCCCGUCACUUAGGUAGCUGUGCAUGUGUUUGGACCUGAGCGCGGAAACGUCAUUUACACGGAAAACGUAGUGACGUCUGUAAACCAAUACAUUGUUGUGUUAGAAAUCCAGUCACUAAAAGAAAAGCCAAAUAGUGUUUAUUUAAGCAAUACUUCUAGCAAAAAACAUCAAAAUGAGAACAAGAAGGAGGUCCAAGAAUCUUCGUCUGAAAGGAGGAAUUAGGGUGACAACCUGGGACCUUGAAGCCUCAGAAGGCUUUUCUGUUUCUGCUGUGUUUGUAAUAUUUGAACCAUAAAGUUUAGGGAUGAGUGAGGAUGUUGGCAUCAGGAAGAACUGCUCCGUCUUUCAGCGUUUGGAUCAGAUCAGAGGCAAACCGGAGCAGCAGUCAUGUGACCUUCCAGAGAGCAAAGACCUUUGGGUUAUCCUUCAUGGAAGGAUCCAGCUGGAUCAUCCUUUUGGAGACAACAACACGUUCAGACUGAAGUUUGGUCGCCUCCUUUUCACUCUUCUUUCCGGGUAACGUUCAUGUCUUGUUCUCAGAGGAAGGCGUUAGGAGUGUGACUGAGAAACCUCUGUCCUCCUGAACUUCACUUUGUGUUUUGCCUGCUUUCCUUUUCUUUCUACAGAGAUGUUUACCGUUAAAGUUUUGCCUGAAAACCACAAAAAAAAUGACAUCCUUUUUGUCUAAAUCCAAAAAGAGAUGCCAAUCUUUCUGAACUGCAUGAUGGGUAGCUCACAAAUAGAAGAAAACUAUGGAAAUAACCAGAAAAAAACUAACAACAAGGUCAAACGUUGUGGUGUGAAUAUUUUGUGGUAGCACAAUUUCAAUCUGUUCUUGCAUUGUGUCCAAGCUGGUGUUGGGAUCUCCUGAGGGACACUAGGGCUAAAAACAUCUCUGAAAACCAACAAGUGUGUAUUGUGUGUUCAUGUUGUGUAGUUAUCUCACUCAGUCUGUGGACUAAAAAAUGAAGCAUGACAACAAAGA